UAUCCACAACACACAGAAUUCACACGUACACGCCCUGCACGCGCUCACCAAGUUUGUUUAUCUCGUUAGAAUUGGGAAAGAGAGAGUGUGUGUGUUUGUGUGUUCGUGAAACAUAGGCAUGUCGAAACAGACUUACAAGGUUUGCUUCUGCUGCCAGCGGCGGUUCAAACUGGCCGUGUCGGAGGUGCCACCGGAGAUAAGGGCCCUUUUCAGGCGAUACUCUGAUGAGCACGGAGUCAUGACAGCUUCUCACCUGCGUAGUUUCAUGGUUGAGGUGCAGAGACAAGAGAAGACAACGGAGGAAGAAGCACAGGCCAUCAUCGAUGGCCAAAAGCAUUUGAGUAUCUUUCACCGAAGGGGACUCAACCUCGAGAGUUUCUUCAAGUACCUAUUCAGUGACAAUAACCCUCCUCUGUUACCUUCUCUUGGGGUGCACCAAGAUAUGUCUUUACCAUUGUCUCAUUAUUUCAUAUAUACUGGUCAUAAUUCCUAUCUAACUGGGAAUCAGCUUAGCAGUGAUUGCAGUGACGUCCCCAUCAUCAAUGCACUGCAGAGAGGUGUAAGGGUGAUUGAAUUAGAUAUAUGGCCUAAUGCAUCAAAGGAUAAUGUAGACGUUCUUCAUGGAAGGACGUUGACUUCUCCUGUAGCGCUCAUCAAAUGUUUGAGGUCAAUUAAGGAGUAUGCCUUUGUAGCGUCAGAAUAUCCAGUUGUAAUAACCUUAGAAGACCACCUCACUCCUGAUCUUCAGGCCAAAGUGGCCGAGAUGAUUACUCAAACAUUUGGAGACAUACUAUUUUGUCCUAGUUCAGAAAGCUUGAAGGAAUUUCCUUCUCCUAAAUCACUUAAGAAGAGGAUUAUUAUAUCAACUAAACCACCUAAGGAGUACCUUGAGGCAAAAGAAGUACAGGAAAAAGAGGAGGAAUCACAUAAGGGAAAGCCUUCAGGUGAUGAAGAAGCAUGGGGGAAGGAAGUCCCUAGUUUGAGAGGUGGUACUAUAGCUGAUUACAAGCAGAGAAAUGGGGAUGAAGAUGAUCUUGAUGAUGAGGAAGAUCUUGAUGAAGCAGAAAAGUCACGUCAAAAUGCAUCAGCUGAGUACAGACGUUUGAUUGCCAUUCAUGCUGGGAAGCCUAAAGGUGGGUUAGAGGAAUGUCUCAAAGUGGAUCCUGAUAAAGUGAGACGUCUAAGUUUAAGUGAGCUGCAGCUUGAAAAAGCUGCUGAAACUCAUGGAAAAGAAAUUGUCAGGUUUACUCAGCGGAAUAUACUGAGGGUGUAUCCAAAAGGUACUCGCAUUACCUCGACAAAUUAUAACCCAUUAAUUGGGUGGAUGCAUGGAGCUCAAAUGGUUGCAUUUAACAUGCAGGGGUAUGGGAGAUCUCUCUGGUUGAUGCAUGGAAUGUUCAAAGCCAAUGGAGGAUGCGGUUAUGUUAAAAAACCAGAUUUUCUAUUAAAGCCUACUCUGAGUAAUGAUGUCUUUGAUCCUAAAGUUCAGUUGUCCGUGAAGACUACUUUGAAGGUGACUGUAUAUAUGGGGGAAGGAUGGUAUUAUGAUUUCAAGCAAACGCACUUUGAUCAGUUCUCACCUCCAGACUUCUAUACAAGAGUGGGGAUUGCUGGAGUCCCUUAUGAUACUGAUAUGAAGAAAACUAAGACAAAAGAGGAUAAUUGGUUGCCUUCUUGGAAUGAGGCAUUCCAGUUCCCACUAGCUGUUCCAGAAUUGGCCUUGCUUCGCAUAGAAGUUCAUGAGUAUGACAUGUCUGAGAAGGAUGACUUUGGUGGACAAACAUGCUUACCAGUGUGGGAACUAAGAAGUGGAAUUCGAGCAGUUCCACUUUAUACCCGCAAAGGAGAUAAAUACAACAAUGUAAAGCUUCUCAUGGGCUUUGAAUUCAUUUGAUUGUGUGCGUCGUUCUGCUCUAUAUUUUGUGCAGCCAUCAUAAUAUGUUAGUAUGUAGCUAUGUAAUAUUGUAAAUGUUGCUUGUUUUGGAUGAUGCUCUUUUAUUUUUUUUUUGUUUUAUUUUUUUAUUUCAAACGUCUAAGGGUGUGAGAUUCAUCCUGUUCGGGAUAUCAAAGGUUCUGUCUUAUAGAGUGCGUUUUCACAGAUUUUGAAUUAUGCAUUAUAUAUGUGUGUAUGUGUGAUAUCUUCUUAUGUAAUUAAA